UCCUUUUGUCUUGCAGACAUUCCUGAAUAGUAGGCAGUUGUCCUGGCACCAGUGUGACUGACCCGCCACCUCCUCCGGGUAAGCCUGCUCACUCUUUUUGGAGAUCAGACCCUCCACAGCUGUGUCAUCAGCAGACCUGAUCCCGAGGACAAGUGGCCUAAAACAAACAAGGGAGCCCCACAACGCACACACACACGUGUCAACGCUCCCGUCUUCUGCCGGAACCUGUUCCUCCACUCCCUCGGUUCUUAUCUCGUUUGGCUUUCACAUUUCCAGCCGUUUAAACAGCCGAAACACGCGGAAGCUCCGGAGAGACAAGCAGCAUGACGGAGGGCGGCAACGCCGAGCAGGUCCAAGGAGAAAGUGGGGAUCUGAGGAGCAUAAAGGUACCCAGGAGGGUCAUCCACUUUGCCACUGGUGAAACAAUGGAUGAGUUCAGCACUGAUGAGGAAGAGGAGGGCAGUCAGAAUAAACUUCAGGAGGCGCCUGUUGAUAAAUCUCAACUCUCCUGGGGUUCGUAUCUCUGGUUUCUGACAAUUCGUUUUGCCUUGGCGUCACUAAACACCUGCGACUUCCUUGGAGGAAAGCUGGCCAACAUCCUUGGACUUAACACGCCGAAGUACCAGUACGCCAUUGACGAACACCACCGACGACAGAACGAGGGAUCAGAAGAUGAAGAUGAGGAGUAUGAGCUAGAAGAGCAGAACUGCAAUGAAUCCCAAGAGAACCAACAUCUCCCUUUACAAAAUGCGGAAUAUGGCGCAAUAAAGGCGAGUCCCAAAGCUGAACUCUUUGAAGAGAACUCCAAGAGUGAUGGCAGUGGGACGGUCAACACUGGCUACGUAGGCGAUUAAGAAGAGACCCUCCGAGCUCUCGCACCCCUACACGACACUGUGUGGUUUUCACUCCUGUUACUGCCGCUUGAUGGAGGAAGAAAACCUCAAGUUUAAACCUGGAAGCACAAGUCCUGUGGAGACAAAAGUAAUCACCAAUUUAAUUGUAAAAUGUGAAGGAUUUGCCACCUAUGGUGGUACACUUUUUAAAUUUAGUAAUAUUUAAAAAAUAUAUUGGUAUUCUUCAAAUAAUAUCUCAAAGUGAAUGAAAGGUGACAAAUUCUCCUUUCACUCCUCGUAUGCUCCAUGAUAAGUCACCCCUCAGCUGAGGUGGUCUCGUUCCCAGAGUGCUGAAUGGUACUGAGCUGGUCUGGCACACAUCCUAACAGGACAAGGACGCUUUGUGCCAACACACUAUGCCAAGGACCAACAGACAUCCUGUACUGUUGAAUUAUAACUAACUGACUAGUACUGUAUGUGCAAUUCUAAUCACUUCACACUUCGUGAACAGCCAAUGUCGUUAAUGGAGGUCUAUUUGUGUCUUGAUAGCAUACUUAGGAUUGUAAGAAUUCUUAUUCUGUGUACAUUUGUGCCUUUGUCGCCCGCUGCUGUAACUUGGCAAUUUCCUUUUGGAUUUAAUAAACUUCCUAAAUGUUCAUCUCA